AGCCCAAAAUUAUACCCGAGUAUGCUGGCCAGUAUAUUUGCAAAUCUAUUUCGGCCCAACUCAGCCCUAUUUGCACCUUCGUUCCUCACUCUCCGUUGAAAAGAGAACCAAUUUGAACUGAAUCACAACCCUCUCUCUCUCUCUCUCUCUCUCUCUCUCUGACUCUGUUUCUUCACCCAUGGAGAAACAAUUCUGGCCAUAUCCGGCCAAAUUGCACGGCCAAUUCUCAGCCCUGGUGAUUCUCAUUGCUCUGUUACUCCUCAUUUCAGCCACCGCUGCCACCCCCACGGCAUACAGCGUCGCCAGCGGAGUCCUAGACCAAGAACUCCAGAACGCGAUCGCAGCUCUGCGAUCCAACGGCUACAAUCUCUUCUCCAACGCCAUUGACACCACCGACCUCCGGUACCAGAUCCCCGACGGUGACUUCUUCACCUUCUUCUCUCCCCGCGACCCCAACGUCUUCUCUCUCGACAUGGCCUCCGACGCCACCGUCUAUAUCCAAAUCCUCCAUUACCACGUCGUGCCUGUCCGCCUCUCCGUCGCCGAUCUCCGCAACCUCUCCUCUCCCGGAAUCUACGUCGAGACUUUCCUUCCUCACUACAGCCUCUUGAUAGAUCAUUCUCAGCCGCCACCAGACGACGGAGUUUCCAACAAUGUCACCGUGGAUGGAGAUGUUACCGUGGACGGAGUCCGGAUCGCACAUCCGGAUCUUUACAUCGGCUCAAGAAUCGCCGUCCAUGGACUCGACGGAAUUCUUGCACCCAGAUUCGAGUUUUCCGAUUUUUACGGCGAACUAGGGUUUGUGCCGUUACCGCCGAUUGGGUCUGGGCAGUAUAUCUCUCGUAAUUCACCUCCGUUUGCUCCGAAUGUGGUGAUCAUGUCAAGAUCUACGCCAGAGAGCUCACGGAAUUCAAGAUUCAGAAACCGCGGGAAAAGGCACGAGGGUCAUCAUCACACUCAUGGAAAACGCAGAGUCCACGGUCACCGGAAAAAGGUCGAUAAGGAGGUCGGCGAUCGUCAGACUCGACACAGUAAGUUUUCCAAGUUCAAUCGUCACCUAUCAGAUGACUUUUGAUAUGUAAUUGCAGUUGUUGUGACAACAAUUCUUGUUAGGUAUACGCACAGAGCAAUUGACACAUAGUCCUUUGAUAAACCCAUUUUGAUCUGAUUCGAACUGUAUACUGAUGAAUCAAAUUUCUCAA